AAAAUUAAAGAGAGAGGGAGAUGGGGGCAUUAGUGCUAUUUUGAUAAUUGCAUGGGUGAAUUAUUGAGAUUUCCAAAUUUCCCAUAACUUUUGCAAUUUAUAUUUCUCACCCAACCAAAUCCCCAAAGUAAUCGUCUCUCCACUUCUUCCUCCGUUUCAGAGGUGAAGCAGAGCAGUGGCGUAAAUCCAUGGAGCUUCUUUCACGCUGUUCAACUCUUAUUCCUCAAGCCUCCUCUCUCGGCCUUCCCAAUUCUCAUGGAAAACCAUCUAAUUUCUUCCCCAAGCUCAAAUCCACUCUUUCUUUUCCUUCGGCGUCAUCAGUACUCAAAACAACCGCUCUUAAACCCUCCAGAACCCUACCUCCGCCGUGCUCCGUUAUGACGGCUCCUCAGACUCCGGAUGCCUCCCGGAGAGGCGCUGAAACUGACGCCAUGGGAUUGCUUCUCAGGGAGAGGAUCGUCUUCUUGGGGAACAGCAUUGAUGACUUUGUAGCUGAUGCUAUUAUCAGUCAGCUCUUGCUCCUGGAUGCUCAGGACUCUACUAAAGAUAUCAGACUCUUCAUUAAUUCCGCUGGCGGCUCUCUCAGUGCUACCAUGGCUAUCUACGAUGUCGUACAGCUUGUGAGGGCCGAUGUCUCCACUAUUGCACUAGGCAUUGCAGCCUCAACAGCUUCCAUAAUCCUCGGUGGUGGCACUAAAGGAAAGCGCCUCGCAAUGCCUAAUGCACGUAUCAUGGUUCAUCAACCUCUUGGAGGAGCGAGUGGGCAAGCAAUAGAUGUGGAAAUUCAAGCACGCGAAAUCAUGCAUAACAAGAACAACGUUACAAGAAUCAUCUCCGAAUUCACUGGCCAUCCAUUUGAAAAGGUCCAGAAAGAUAUCGAUAGGGAUCGUUAUAUGUCGCCCAUAGAGGCUGUAGAAUAUGGAUUGAUUGAUGGAGUAAUUGACAGAGACAGCAUUAUACCUCUCGUGCCAGUGCCCGAAAGAGUGAAAGCAACUUUAAAUUAUGAAGAAAUGAGUAAAGAUCCCAGAAAAUUCUUGACACCAGACGUCCCUGACGAUGAGAUAUAUUAGUUCCGGACGUAAUGACAAAUCUUUCUCUAGGGCUUUGAUUUAAAUGAUUUACAUGUAGGAUCUUAUGUGUAAGCAAAGUCAUGGUAGGUGGAAAGCAGAGAUAUGAUGGAAUUUAAUGAGCUAAUCAUCUUUAGAGUUUCGACUUUUGGCGAAAUGUCUCUACUUACCAGAAGUUAAAAAAGGUAUUGGGAAUUCGGACUCUUUUUUUUGCUAUGACAUUUUUCACAUGAGCAAUGAGGAUGAAAAAAUUGAUAUUGAAUCA